AUGAAGCCCUCGAACAGCUACUUCAUCAACGAUCAGGACCAGAUCAAGAAGAUUUCGAACCCAGAAGAGGACUUUGUCUUCAAAAUAAAUACUAAUGACCGCUACAAUGAAAUGCAGAAAGAAGCUAUGAAUAGUAUAUAUAUCUCUACUUAUUUUUCCGCUACUGCUGUAUUCCUCGCAUUUGCAUGUUUUCAUGCAAAAAACAACGGAGAAGCUACACUGCCAUGUAUCCGACACAUCGUCGCUUCCCGUCUGCUCAAUCUGGGCCUUGAGACCCUCCGUCUCCCAAUUGGCGCUGCCGCAAACUCUCAGCAUGUGCCUAUCCUGACAUCCCCAGGCUUCCAGUCCCAACCCCGUCUCAUCGUCGUGUUUGGCGAGCCAACCCAAGACCUGGGCAUCUGGGCGUAUCGCGUCAUCGGCAAGGAGGGUAUCAAUAUUGGCUCCGCUGUAAACUUUGCAGCUGCGAUCCUAGGCAAUAACAUCUGCCCGAGGGACUCUGGGCGCCAGACAAUCGACACUAACAUUAUUAACGCAAAUAAUAACCAACACCAGGAUAACAGCUCUAGCUUCCCUGCAGGAACUGGGUUUAUUCUGGCAAAUCCAGGGCAGCUGGUAUGGCACUGCGCCAAAGAGCAGGCUAUGUCGCUGCCAAUGUGGCAUGCACUUCCUCGACGCAGCGCCGUGGAGCCGCCUAUGCGGAUGACGUUCCGGAAUAAAAUCCCCGGUAACGAGACAUGGCAGGAUCACAUUACUUAUGUCUUUGAGGAGGUGCUGGGGAAACUUGCCGCGCCGGAUGUGAGGAUCGAUAUCAUUGGGCUGGCGGAGGGGGGUUUGGGCGCCGUGAGAUAUUUGGCAGAACAUUGGACAGCCUGGAAACCCCGCAUCUCCUCCCUCUGCCUCAGCAACCCCCUCCACGACACAAACCACCUACACCCACCAGAUUUCGCCAACUUCAUGUCCACGCGCAGUCGCGCCUACUUACUCUCUGAAAAACCGCUCAACACGCCAGUCGCUGGCCGCUACCAGUUCGGUUGCAAUUGCUAUUCUUCCGGGGAGGCGCUGAAUGUCGAAUCAAUUAUGCCUAGGGCUUGGGGUGGUAUGUUGAAGUGGCUCGAUGCUAUGUUUGAAGAUAGCGGUCUGGAGGAAGUUGAGGUUAUCGUUGGGGAGAAUGAGGCGGGAGAGGACGGCGGGGUGGAUGUGGAUGUGGAUGUAGUGGGCUGA